AUGAAAAUUAAUCAGUUUGCAAAGUUUUUUCUUGAUCAAAAUCUAAAGUCCAAUCACAAAAGAAUUGAAUUUAAGUUGUCUAAUUCUGAAGAAGCUAUGUAAUUUAAUAUCUUAAAAUAUAGAUCUCAAAUAUAAUUUAAUUAUGAUGAUAAAAAUUAGAGCGCUCAAAAAUUAGAAAACAUUAAAAUAAAGUGCGAAUAUUAAAAUUGUUCUAUAAACUCAUGUUCUUAAUUAGCUAUUUUUAAUGAUUAAAUUUUAGUAGCUAAAAAAGAUUCAAUUUUAUUCUUUGAUCGUGAUUUUGAUUACUUUUCUCAAGAAAAUCAUUUCUCUAAUUCUCCUAAUAAAGAAUAUAAAUUAAAUUUUGGAGAUAUUAUCUCUUUAUAUGCAAUAUAGAAAUAAUUAAUAGUAAGGACAGAAAAAAAUAUUUUAAUUUUCUAAACUUAUUAGUAAAAUGUAUAUCAAAAAUUCAAUUUUAGUUUAUAUUAUCAAAAGCUUUUAGUUAUCCAAAUAUUUUAUAAUUAAAUUUUGAGAUCAAUUAAUUAUUUCUAUGUUUAGAUGAUUAAUUAGUCAUAAUUGAUUUGAUCUCAUAUCAGCAUUCCGUUAUUCUUAGAGAUAAACAAAUCUAAGCUGGAUUUUAUACUGAAAAAGAAUAUUAUUAUAUCAUAAAGAAUUCGAAUAUUUUAAAAAAUUCAUAAAAAGAAUAUUAAUUAGACUUAAGUGCUUAAAUAAAAAUUAAAUCCUUUUUCAUUAUUAAAAAUUUAUUAUGUAUUUGUGGAUAUCAUGCUAUAAAUAAACUUAAUAUAGAAGAAUCAAGCUAUUGUGCUGAAAUAUUUUGGUUUGAUUUGAAAAAACAAAAUUUCAUCUAAAAAAUUUAAAGUUUAAAAAUUGACUUAAUAAAUGAUGUUAAUAGCUAAGGAGAUUUCGGAAUAUAAAUAAUUGAUGAACUUUGUAUUACUUAUGGAAGUAAUCUAAGUUCAAUUAUAUUUUGGAAUUUAGAAUUCUUAAGUUUAUUAAAUGAUAAUUAUGAUAAAAUUAGAUUCGAGAUAUGCAAAACUCAAAAUAUAAAAGGAUUAUCUUUAGUAAAUAGAAAUUAAUAUCAAAGAAUAAAAAAAAGUUAAGAAUCAUUUAGCAGUACAGAUGAAUAUCCAAUUAUAAUAAUAAUAGAUAAUUAAGGAUUUUUAAAUGCAUAUGAAAUAAUUAAUGAAUAAGAUUUUUCAAGUGAUCUUUUACACUAAUCAAAUUAUUAUAGUAAUUAUGAGGAUAUUUAAUUUACAGUAGUUUAAAAUGAUCCUCGAGAAAUAAUAAAUUUAGCAAAUCCUCCUUUUAAUUUAUAAUUAAUUACUAAAGUUGAUGAUUCAUAAAUAGUUUUUGGAAGUGGUAAAAUUGAUCAUAUAUUUCAUUUACAUUAAAAUUGGAUUUCUUCUGCAAAUUUAGCUAUAAAUUAUAAGCAUUUCUAAAUUAUUGGACAUGAAAGAGAAAUUCUUAUUUUAAAACCAUUAAUAAUUUAAUAGAUUCUACUUGAUUUACCACAUCAAUGUUAAAGUUACUAAAUAACAACGUAUCCUUGUGAACUUAUAUAUGGUUUAUAUUAAUUUUAAGAUUAAAUUCUUAUUUAAACUAAUUCAUCACUCUACUUAUGUAAUUAUUUUCAUGAUUAAUGGAUUUCAAAAAAAAUUUUAAAUAAAAAUUCAAUAAAAAGAGUUUCAAUUUUAGAAGAUUACAUUUUAGUUAAAAUUAAGACAUAUACAGAUCAAUUUUUAUUAUAUCAAUACAAAAAUGAUGAUCUUUAGUAAAUCACUACUCAUAGUUGUGAUGCAAGUUGUUUAUUUAAAUUGAAUAAUAAAAUCACUUUAUUAUAAAUAUUAGAUAACUAAUUGUUUAUUUUAAAAGAUUUUGAGAACAAAGAAUGUAUAUAAACAGAUAUUGAAAUUGUAUAUUCCAAAGAAUAUUAUAUCAAACAAUUGCAUGAAAAUCAUUUAUAUGUAUCUUUUGCAACAUUAGAUUAAGAUUCAUUUGAACAUUAUAUUUUAUUUUAUGAGCCUAAUAGAAAAUAAGCCAAAUAAGAAAAGCAUCUAAAUGAUUUGUUAUAGAAUGUGAGAUGUAAUCAUCUAUUAACAAAAAUCACAGAAUCAGAUUGGAAUAUUUCAACAAUAAUAACUCCAGAAGCUAAAUUUAUAGUGAUAUUUCCAAAUGGAAUUCAGGAUGGAUUAAUAUUAUAAGUUUGUAAUUAAGAUUUGAGAACAAUAGAUGAUCAAGAAGGACAUCCUAUUUAACUUCCUUCAUUUUCUCAUAUUAUAAAAGGAGUAUCUGUAUUGAAUUAUGUUUUACCUCUUGAAGAAAAUCUAGGAUCAAAACCUGGAUUUUAUAAGAUGAAAAAAGAUGAGAAAGAAUUUCAAUAUUAAUGUUAACCCUCAAUUUUAAUUUAUGAAUUUGAUGAAAAAGGUUAAUUAACAAUUCAUAGAUUUUUGAUAAUUAAAUUGUACGAUAUACGAGCUUAGUAGCCUAUUUUAAAUAUAUAAUUUGAUAAUCAAUAAUCAGAAUAAUAUUAAAAUACUUUUAAAAUAUCUCGUACAGAAUCUCUUGUAUCAUUAUAACCACCUCCAUCUCCUUCACUUAAAUAUCAAAUUAAUUUAUCAUAAGCUGCUUUGAUUACAUAGUAAUUAGUAGAUUUAUGCUAGUAAUCUUUACUCUAAUUUCAUUAAAAAUAUGAACAUAAUCAAUUUAUUCCAGUUUUCCCUAUUUUUACUUCAUAGUAUUUACUUGAUGAUUUAUUUUCUUAAUAUUAUCAAAUUUAGAAUGAGAAAUUUACUAUCAGAAAAUAAAUUAAAGACUAAUCUAUUCUUAAAUAGUAUUAUAGUUUGAAACAUUAAUUCAAAAUUCCUAAAAUUUAAUUGAAAUAUUCUAUAAUCUAAGACAAGUUCUAUUAAUUAUUAGAAUUAAAAUAACAUUUUUUAAUGAUUUGUAAUUUUGUCAAAGAAAGUCUAUAUUUUAGUAAAUAAUAAGUUAAAUUUAAUAAGAAUAUAAUUAAUGAAUUUCAAUAUUAUGAUUAUAAAAAUACUAAUAAAAAUAAAAGGUAAGGUCGAAAGAUCUUGUUUAAUGAAGAAUUUUAACAUAUUGAAAUACUAAAUUCAAAAGAUUAAUUCAUUUAAUAAUUAUGUUCUAAUCCUAAAUCUAGAGUGAAAUAUUUAGUUUUAGAAUAUUUUUAAUAACAGAGAUAUGAUCUUGUUUAAAUUUAAAAUGAACCCUAAAUUCUAUAAGAAUAAAAAAAUUAAAGAAUAAGUUAUGUUACAUCUUCUGAGUAAGAAAUUUCAAUUUUAGAAUAAAGUAAAACUGAGAGUAUGAAUUUUGGAUUUGCAACUUAAAGUUUAAGAAAUUCAAAUAAUCUAGAAAAUGAAAACAUAAUUUCUUAAGAUUAAUAAUUAUUUUAACCUUUUGGAUCACCAAGCAAAAAUCCUUUUGAUUCAGAAACUUUGAGUAAUUUUCACAAUAAUCAACUAAUAGAAUCUAUCAUUUUUGAUAAUAAAGAAGCAAAGUCUCAACAAGAUUUACUCAAUAACUUAGAUUCUCAUCUUAAAAAACCUCAUUCUUAAUGUUAAAGUUAACAAAAAAUUGAAAAUUUGUAAAGUAAUGAAUUUGAAAUUUCAGACAUGUAAUUCCAAAAAAAUUAAUUCAUAUUUACUAAUUAAAAUAUCUAGAAUCCAGUAGAUGAUUUUAUUACAUCAUAAUCAUUAAAAACUCCAAAUUUUUAUGUUAAUAAUAUUAAUCCUUAAAUUUUUUAAGAAUAAUAAAUUUAGAAUAGCAAAAUAUUUUUAAAUUAUAAAAAACAAUAGAAAUAAAUUGAUAUCUUUAAUUUUGAUAAAGACACAUUCAAAAAUUGA